AUGGAGCUUCCAGCUGCCAAUGACAAUGUUAACCUGUCUGCAUAUAGACCUAACCUUCCAUUGUCAGUACUGAAUGGUAAAGCAUCCUCCGGGGGGUUUGUUGAGUCUGAUUAUUAUCAGAGCUACAGUGAUGGCAGCAGUGUAGCAUCCCGUGCAUCUGGUGCUCUAACUGGCUACGAAACCCUAGAUGCCCCUCCACACUAUGAUUUCUACGCCAACACCCAGGCAUGGGGUCGACGGAGGCGCUUCAGGCCGUCUCUGAUCCAGCUGCAUGGCAAUCCUGUGGACGACUCCCAACCUCCCAUGUAUGAGGAGAUGAAUGCUGGACAGACAGGAGACACGUCUGAGGAAGAUGAAGAGGAGCCGAAGGAACCACCAGCUGAACCUACCCGCUUCGGCUGGGUGCAGGGGGUGAUGAUUCGUUGCAUGCUGAACAUCUGGGGGGUGAUCUUGUACCUGAGGCUUUCCUGGAUCACAGCUCAGGCUGGUAUCGGUCUGACAUGGGUUAUCAUUUUGGUGUCGUCUAUGAUAACUGGAAUCACAGGGCUCUCGACAUCAGCCAUAGCCACCAACGGAAAAGUCAAAGGAGGUGGUACCUACUUCCUGAUAAGUCGAAGCCUUGGUCCAGAGCUGGGUGGCUCUAUUGGUCUGAUCUUUGCCUUUGCCAACGCUGUAGCUGUUGCUAUGCACACUGUGGGCUUUGCUGAGACUGUUGUAGACCUCAUGCGGGAACAUGGAGCUGUCAUGGUGGACCGAACCAAUGACAUCCGCAUCAUCGGGAUCAUCACUGUAACAUGUCUGCUGGGGCUUUCAAUGGCUGGCAUGGCUUGGGAAUCAAAGGCCCAGAUUUUGUUUUUUUUCGUCAUCAUGGUAUCAUUUGCCAGUUAUAUUGUGGGAACCAUUAUCCCUCCUUCAUUGGAGAAACAAGCCAAAGGAUUCUUUAGCUACAAAGCUGCUAUCUUUGCUACUAAUUUUGUCCCGAACUGGCGUGGCCCAGAGGGCACCUUUUUCGGCAUGUUCUCCAUUUUCUUUCCAUCUGCUACGGGCAUCCUGGCAGGAGCUAACAUCUCUGGAGAUCUGAGGAAUCCAGCAGUAGCUAUUCCUCGAGGGACGUUGAUGGCGAUAUUCUGGACUACUUUUUCCUACCUAGUCAUCGUUGCGACCGUUGGAUCAUGUGUGGUUCGGGACGCCUCCGGCUCUCUGAACGACACAUUAGCUUCUUCAACACCCAUGGAGUCCUGUGUUGGUUUAUCGUGUCAGUAUGGAUGGGACUUCUCAGAGUGCAUCAAUAAUAAAACCUGCACCUAUGGUCUAAGCAAUUACUAUCAGACACUUAGCAUGGUGUCAGCCUUCGCCCCUCUCAUUACUGCUGGUAUAUUUGGAGCAACCCUUUCUUCAGCUUUGGCAUGCCUGGUUUCUGCUCCCAAAGUUUUCCAGUGUCUGUGUAAGGAUCACCUUUACCCUCUCAUUGGCUUUUUCGGCAAAGGUUAUGGCAAAAACCAAGAACCCCUCAGAGCUUACCUGCUGACAUACAUCAUUGCCUCCUGUUUUAUUAUCAUUGCCGAGUUGAACGCCAUCGCUCCAAUCAUCUCAAACUUCUACCUCUGCUCCUACUCUCUGAUCAAUUUUAGCUGCUUCCAUGCUUCCAUCACCAAUUCACCAGGUUGGCGUCCGUCCUUCAGGUUCUACAAUAAGUGGCUGUCGCUGCUGUGUGCUGUGAUCUGUGUCGUGAUCAUGUUCCUGCUGACCUGGUGGGCGGCUCUUAUUGCAAUCGGUGUUGUCAUAUUUUUCUUGGGAUAUACGCUGUACAAAAAGCCAGAUGUGAACUGGGGCUCCUCGGUGCAAGCAAGCUCCUAUAACCUGGCACUGAAUCAAUGUGUGGGCCUGAACCUUGUGGAAGAUCAUGUCAAGAACUACAGACCCCAGUGUUUGGUGCUGACGGGUCCUCCCAGCAGUCGACCGGCUCUCUUGGAUCUCGUCAACUGUUUCACAAAGAACCUCAGUUUAAUGAUGUGUGGAAAUGUGGUCACUACGGGCUCGUCCCCAUCUGUUUUAGAGAAGGCAAGCAGCAACAGACACGUCUCCUGGUUGAACCAAAGGAAGAUUAGGUCAUUUUAUAGAGGAGUGGUGGCUUCUGACUUUCGCUGUGGAGUUAACAUGCUGCUUCAGGGGGCAGGAUUGGGUCGAAUCAAGCCAAACGUUUUGCUGAUGGGAUUCAAGAAAGACUGGCGCAGUGACUCAACUCUGGCUGCAAACAACUACAUAGAAAUCCUGCAUGAUGCCUUUGACCUGCAAUAUGGAGUGUGUGUGCUGAGGAUGAAAGAGGGGUUAGAUGUCUCCAAUCCACCUCAGUCCCACGUUAACCAAGGUUUUGAUGGGGGACCAGAAAAUAGUGACAUCACCUCUCCUGCUUCCCUGGUUCGAACAAGCACAACUUCUUCAAUCACGGUUGAACUGGAGCCACAACCCACCACCGUGUUCCAGAAAAAACAAGGGAAGAGGACCAUUGAUGUUUACUGGCUGUCUGAUGAUGGAGGUCUGACUCUGUUGCUGCCAUACCUGCUGACUCGCAGGAAGCGCUGGGCCAGGUGUAAGGUCCGAGUUUUUGUUGGGGGAGAAAUAAACAAAAAGGACGAGCAGAAGGAAGAGGUUUUAUCUCUCAUCAAGAAGUUUCGUCUCGGUUUCCAGGAUGUUGAAGUUCUUCCUGACAUCUACGAAAACCCACAACCAGUGAAUGUCCAGCAUUUCGAGAGCAUGAUCGGUCGUUUUAGGCUUGACCCGAACCCAAAACAGGACUCGGACUCGGACUCUGACCCUCCCAGACAGCAGGAAGCACCUUGGAUGAUCACUCCCCAAGACUUGGAGAGGAACAUGGCGAAGUCCCUUCGUCAGAUCCGUCUGAAUGAGGUGCUGCAGGAUUACUCCAGAGAUGCAGCUCUGAUUGUGAUAACGAUGCCGGUGGGUAGGAGAGGAGUGUGUCCUAAUUCUCUGUACCUGGCAUGGCUUGACAUCCUGUCCCGGGAUCUAAGACCUCCGGUUCUGAUGGUCAGAGGAAACCAGGAGAGCGUUCUCACUUUCUACUGCCAAUAAGACUUUUCCAAGAUGUUGUUUCAAUGAUAUUAUGAAACAUUGCAGUGCCUUAAAUUCCUUUAAAACACUUGAUCUUGUAAAGUAAUAAUUAAUAUCA